CUCCUUCAUCUCACCCAUUAAUGUCAAAAAUGGGCAAUGAGCCAAAUCUAUUCGAACCCCUUUCAAAGUUUGUAAUUUCCCAUUUGCAGUUUACCCAUUUCGUUCGUUUUAUGUUCUUUGUUAUCGGUUUAUCUCUUGGACUCAUCAUCAGUUUAUAUCUCUUCAACUUCUCUUUCACCAUUCAACCUAGAUUUCUUUUUUCCCCUGCCGCUGCACCAAUAUUAUCUAACCUUACUAGAGACUCCUCAAUUUUGCACCAAGAACAAAGAUUGACCAUCACGCACAAUAUGAGUGAUGACGAGUUGUUUAAGAGAGCUUUAUCAAUGGCGUCAAUAAGUCAAAACGCUUCUUACAAGUUUGUCCCGAAAGUUGCCUUCAUGUUCUUGACGAAAGGGCCUCUUCCAUUGGCUCUAUUGUGGGAGAAGUUCUUCGAAGGCCAUGAAGCUUUUUACUCCAUUUAUGUUCACUCACAUCCUUCUUUCGUUGAAGAUUUGCCUGAAAGUUCUGUCUUUUACGGCAGAAGAAUUCCCAGCCAGCCCGUUUAUUGGGGGACUGCAACAAUGAUUGAUGCUGAAAGGCGUCUCUUAGCAAAUGCUCUCCUUGACAUCUCCAAUCAAAGAUUUGUCUUACUUUCUGAAUCUUGCAUUCCAUUGUUUAACUUCAAAACAAUUUAUGAUUAUCUCAUUAACUCAAACCUAAGUUUCUUGAGCUCAUUUGAUGACCCAAGAAAGCCGGGCCGAGGUCGAUACAACCCCAAAAUGUGGCCCAAUAUAAACACCACCAAUUGGCGAAAAGGGUCUCAAUGGUUUGAGGUGCGCCGUGACCUAGCCAUGCACAUUAUUUCCGAUACCAAAUAUUACCCUAUCUUUCAAGAGUUAUGUCGCCCGCCUUGUUACAUGGAUGAACAUUACAUUCCAACAUUGGUGAAUAUACUUUACCCAGAAUUGAAUUCAAAUCGAAGUAUUACUUGGGUCGAUUGGUCGAGGGGCGGUCCUCAUCCGGGCAAAUUUGGGUGGAGUGACAUUACUGAUGAAUUUUUGAAUCGAAUUAGGUAUAGACCAAAAUGUAAGUAUAAUGGUAAUUCGACUUCAAUGUGUGUUUUGUUUGGAAGAAAGUUUAUGCCUAAUGCUUUGGAGCCUUUGUUGAGGGUUGGUCCAUUGUUACUUGGUUUUAAUCCUUAA